AUGCACAUGAGACUUCGAGGAGGAGGAGAAGUGGUUGAUCUGACCGGCGAUGGAGGCGUCUUGAAAGAGAUCCUUGUGGAAGGCUCUGGCGACGAACUCCCACAGAACAAUGACGAUGUUUGCGUUCACUAUGAGGGAACUCUGCAAUCGGACGGAUCCAAGUUCGAUUCUUCCAGGGACAGAAACACACCCUUCACUUUCAAGCUCGGCCAAGGAAAAGUCAUCAAAGGGUGGGACAAAGGUGUUGCUACCAUGAAGAGAGGCGAGAAGGCUGUGUUCACUAUCAGAAGCGACUACGGUUAUGGUGCUGAAGGUAGUGGCGACAAGAUCCCAGGGAACGCAACCUUGAUCUUCGAAGUCGAGCUCUUGCGAUGGAACGAGCGUGAAAUCACCAACGAUGGAGGAGUGUACUUGAAACCCCUCGACAAGAAAGGAACUGGAUGGCGACAUCCUGACCGUCACGAUGAGGUCAUCGUCAAGUACGAGGGACGCUAUGAAGGACAGCCUUUCACUGUCAGCAAUGAUUUCGAGAUGAUCAAACUCGGAUCGCCAAGCUCACCCCUGCCCCCUGGAGUUGAGAGGGCUAUCUGCAAGGAGAUGAAGAAGGGAAGCAAUGCUUUGAUCACUUGCCGAUCAGACUACGCUUUUGGGGAGCAUGGCGUUCCAGGCAAAGUUCCACCUAAUGCAGACGUGAUCUACGAAGUCGAAUUGAAAGACUGGAAUGCUAUCCAUGACGUUGCCAAGGACGGAGGAAUCAUUGUCAAGUGCCUUGGACAGCUGGACACGUAUGGACCACUCUGUGACGACGCGUCCAAAGUCACAUUGCAUGUGGAAGGCAAGGUCCUCGAAGACGGAAAGGUUUUCCUGGGGCCGGCAGAGAAGUGCAUCACUGUUGGAGAUGGAGAGAUGCCGGAAGGGUUUGAACGCGGGUUGGAGAAGAUCAAGAAGGGCCAAAACGCCAUCAUCACCCUCUCGCCCAACUACGCGUAUGGAGAAGCAGGGAACGAGGAUAUGGGGGUCCCGGCCAAUGCUACUGUUCAGUAUGUCGUGAAUGUGAACGAGGUGACUCCUACCUAUCAACUUCAACUCAAGGACAAGCUGGCAGCAGCUGAGAAGAGGAAGGAACAAGGAAACGUCUUCUUCAAGAGCGAGGAUCUGGAAAAGGCUCUGAAUAAGUACGACAAGGCGUUCAAACUUGUUCAGUAUGAGCAAGGUGAAGGAGACGAAGCUGAAGCUGUGAAGAAUCUCAAGAGCACGUGUCACACCAACAAGGCUGCAGUCCUUGAGAAGCAAGGGAAACUGGAUGAGUGUAUCGCGGAGUGUACCAAGUCGCUAGACAUCAAGCCGACCAACGUGAAGGCUCUGUUCCGGAGAGGAAAGGCUUACUGCACUCAAAAUCGUCUCGAGGACGCAACCAAGGACCUGAAGCAGGCCUUGACUGUCGACCCUGAGAACAAAGCAGCGAAGCAGCAGCUGCUCCUUGACCAGAAGGACAAGAAAGUGUUCGGAAAGAUGUUUGCAAAGCCCGGGGCCCUAGCGACAGAGAAGCCUGCCAGCGCCCCAAAGAAGGAGGAGCCGGCGAAAGAGGAAGAGAAGAUCGAAGAGUUGGGAGAGGACACGAGGAUCAAGUAA